AUGUCGAUUUCGGUAUAUGGUGGCUUGAUUCUCUUCUCUCUCUUCUUGCUUUUUGAUACACAGUUCGUUGUCAAACGUGCGCAAAUGCAUCCGAUUUCUGGUACUAGCGAAGAACGAAUGUACAAACCGGGAUACUACGGCAGUCUUGGUGAGGGCUAUUACGAUGUCGUCUCGCCAAAGAUGCGCCGAUUCGAUCCGAUCAAUGCGUAA